GUGUGCGAAUGAGAGGCGGGACUGUCAGUCAGUCAGGUGCUCUUGCUCAGGAUGGCUUGUUUACAGCGGCCCAGUCCCGCACUUGGGCAGCGUUAGAAGCUGGAAAAGAUGUUUGAGAAUUUCAAAGAGCGGCUGCUGAGUGCGCAGCAGGAUCUCAGCAGCGGUUUAAAGACACUGAGUGACAAAUCUAAAGAAGUAAAAAUUAAGAAGCCAAGCAGCACAGAUGAUUUGCCAAAGUUUACUGCAGGAGCUGAAUUACUGAGCAGGUAUGAGAACACUUGGGCAACCCUGCACAAACAAGCCGAGGACUCUGCUAAAGUUGGAGAGGCCGUAGAUGGCAAAGUGGUGGUACUGUCAGCAUACUGGGAGAAAAAAAGGAACCACUUGAUUGAGCUGCAGGAACAGCUACACCAAAUUCCAGCAUUGUUAGUAGGCCUGGACACCCUGACAUCCAGACUUGCUCAAUUGGAGGCAGGUUUUGAAGAGUUAGAGGGUCACUUACAUCACUUGGAGGAUAUCUGUGAACAAUGUGAACUUGAGCGUUAUAAGCAAUUGCAGAUUCUUCAAUUGGAAAACUACAAGAAAGAAAAGAGGAAAAAAAUUGAAGCUUUGAAAGCUGAGUUAGAUGGCGAACAUGCCCAGAAGGUGCGAGAUAUGGAGAAUACACAACAGUUGAAACUGAAAGAGCGGCAGAAAUUUUUUGAAGAAGCCUUUCAGCAGGAUCUGGAGCAGUACCUCUCUACAGGAUACUUGCAAAUAGCACAGAGACGAGAGCCCAUUGGAAGCAUGUCCUCUAUGGAAGUAAAUGUUGACAUGCUGGAGCAGAUGGACCUGAUGGAUAUAUCUGACCAGGAAGCACUGGAUGUGUUUCUCAACUCGGGUGGGGAAGACAACAGUGAAAUCUCACCAGUGUUAGGGUCUGGGUCUGAGCCUGAGCCAUAUCAAAGGGAAAUAACUCUACAAGUGCCAAGCCAAGCUGAGCUAAGAUUGAAAUUAUCUUCUCUUUCUUCCCCCUCUGCUGACGAUGACACUCCACUAGUCCAGUCCGACGAAGAGGAAGUUCAAAUAGAUACCAGUCUGGUCACAAAUUCAGAUCUAAAAGAGAAUGCUGACAGUGACUCUCAAUAAAGUGUUGGAUGUCAUUAUUUGAGAUGGCUUGUCAAAAGUUAAGAAUGUUGCAGAAUGAAAGAUCCAUUGUGUAAAAGAUAUGCAAUGAUACUCCAGACUCUUCUAAUUUUUCCAUGCCUGUUACCCAGUGUGGCUGCAGAUUAACAGUGAUAAUUGUAUAUAUACAUGCUGUAGUAAAUUAUAAUUGAUUACUGAUUUACUUCAAAUAUAGGAGUACAUUUCUCAGGCUUGACUAAUGAACCUUCUUCCACCCCCACAAGAUAGUGCCCGUAUUUCUAUGCACACAAUUUAUUAAAGGUUGUCUUAUUCUGCCAGGCAACUCCCAACAUGGUAUAUAGCCUUUAAAUCCAAAUUUGCUUGUUUAUUCUGUGUUUUCACUAAUACAAAAAUAAUUAAAUCAGAGUUCUGACUGAAGUUGUGCACUUUGACAUUCAGAUUAAUAAAGGAGUUUUGCAGUA